UGCAUGCACUUCAUCCAACGCUGCUCCAGCGAGCGGCAUCUUCACAUUAUCCAUGCUAUCUUCCUCACCCACGGCUUCCACCACCAUACCGUCGCCAUCAGCCGCCUUAUCCUCGCUGCGUGCUCUCUUCGAACCACCACCGGCCUCCUCUACGCCUCUCUCAUCCUCCGACACUCCCCCGCUCCUCCCAAUUCCUUCAUCUACAACACCCUUAUCCAUGCCCACGCUCGCGGCCCCGAGCCCCAUUGCGCCCUCCAUUACUUCUCCAUGAUGCUUCGCUCUCCCGAACCCUUCUCCACUCCAGACCACCACUCAUUCCCCUUCGCACUUGCCGCUUGCGUCGCUGUCCCUGAUUUCUCCUUUGGUACUCAGAUACAGGCAAUCGUCAUCAAGAACGGCCUCGCCGCAACUGAUCAUUACGUUCAGACGGCCGCCCUUAGACUUUACGCACAGGUCCAGGACGAUCUCAUUCAAGCGCGGAAGCUGUUCGACGAAAUUCCUCAAACGGAUGCGGUUCACGUGGACGUGCUUAUGAACGGCUAUCUCCGACGCGGGUUCCCGUUUGACGCUUUGGAACUCUUCAAAGAAAUGUUUGUGGAUGGUUUGAUCCCGGACAAGCACGUCAUUACCACUGCCCUUACGGCUUGCUCACAUGCAGGGGCUCUAAAAGAAGGUGCUUGGAUCCACAUGUGUUUAUUGAACGAACACCCUGGUUUUUUGGAAGAUGCUUUUAUUUCUUCGUCUCUUGUAAGCAUGUAUGCAAAAUGUGGCUGUAUUGAGGAAGCUGUGAAGGUGUUUGAUUCAGCGCCAGAGAGAAAUUCCUUCAUGUGGGCUUCAAUGAUUGGGGGAUUCGCAGUGCACGGUUUAGCAAAUGAUGCUUUUUGUUGCCUCAACCGGAUGAAAGAUGAGGACGGUGUGAAGCCGGAUGGGAUUGUGAUUCUCAGCGUUAUGGCUGCUUGCGCUCAUGCUGGUCUUGUAGAUGAGGGCUUGAGGUUGUUGGCUGAAAUGAUUUCACGCUACGAAGUUGUUCCUGAGCAUGAGCAUUACAGCUGCGCUGUUAACAUGUUAUGCAGGGUAGGCAGGCUAGCUGAUGCAUUGGAGCUCAUCCGCCGGAUGCCAAUGAGGCCUCUGGCUUCUGUUUGGGGUUCACUGUUGACGGGUUGUGGGAUCCACAACAAUGUUGAGCUUGCAGAGCUUGCGGUGGCGGAGCUUCAGACCAUAAAUGGGGAGGGUGAAGAUGAUGAUGGUGUAUUUGUACAAAUGUCGAAUAUAUUUUUGAAUUCAAAUAAGCUGGAGGAUGCACGGAGGAUAAGGAAGUUGAUAGGGAGGAGAGGGGUAAAAAAGACAGCUGCUUGUAGUGAGAUUGAGGUGGAUGGUGAGGUCAGUUCAUUUGUGGCAGGAGAUCCGCUGCACCCACAGCUGCUUGAUAUUUGGUCAGUUCUGAAUAUCUUCAGAGAUCAUGCAGGAGAUGAGCCUUGGUUUGAGAGUGGAGACUUUGAAGUGGGAGUUCUGAGUUUUGGAUAAUUUUUGUUCCAAAGGAGGUGACAAAAUGGUUAUUGAUCAAGAUACUAUCAACCUAUCUUGUUACUUGAGCGCUGACUCCUUACAGAUCUACUAACCUUAUGAGGGUCAUUUUGAACUCAAGUGGCUUGAAACUCAAGAGUUCAAGUACCCGCUUGCUCUUUCCAUUCUGAUUUGCAUUUGGAGUUGAUCUCAAGAAGAUUGGGCUCCAACAUCAAGGAUGUUGCUUUUGGUUUGUGUUCGCUUCCUACAAGUAAGGUGAAGCUUGAGAUCUAAGGCGUCAAAGUUUUGAUAGAAUUCAAGGUGAUUCCUGCAUUUUAUCAAUGCGGAUGACAAUAUUUGGAAAGGCAAAAUAGACAUCAAAUCGGCUAUCACGCUUGUCAGAAUCGUGCAGCCAUAUAGGACAAGUUACUGCUAGAGUGGUAGUUGGCUAACUACAUCCUGGUUGCUGCAUUGUGUAUGAUUUGUUGGGAUCUGGAUCCCUGGGAUUAAUGGACGUAGGAUGUAGCAAUGACUGUUGCAAGGAUGGCCGAAUCAAGUUGAGAAUCUAUGUUGAUUAUUUAUAGUUUGAAAGUAAGGUUAUUGAGUUGUGAUUUAUCCUGGUAAGAAUUUCAGCAAUCUGAAGUUUUGUUGGUGU